UUUUCUCAUAAUUUCAAUAUUGAUUUUUGAAUUUUGCAUGCAAACAAACAAAUUUGUCAUCUAUAUCAGGAAAUUUCUAAAACCCGUUUUACAAGUUUUCUUCCUUUGGACGUUUCUUCAUAAAAUUGUAUGAAAAAUGUUCAUUUUUCUGUUCUUUAAGGUUUGUUUGAUCCUGUUUAGCUAUCUACUCCUUACUUGCAUAUUUGAACUGCAUGUUCUUAAGGGUUUGUUUCAUUCUUUUUAGCUAUCAAUAGUGUUUUUGUUCGUUGUAAUCUCUAUAGCACCGACACCUCCGAAAAAAUGUGUUUAUGUCUCUGCGUCGGUAUUAGAAACCAACACAGAUAAAAUUAUUAUCAAAGUGUCUGCGUAGGUAUCGUGUUUCAUAGGUUGUAACUUGUAGCUGCAUAUUAAUAAUUCUGACUAGUGUUAACUCACAGGAAUUUGAACAAAUUGUUAUUAUUCUGCGAUACGCUAUUUAGUAGUAAGGGUUGAAUUUCAGGCUUUGAAGAAUUCUUUGGGUGACACAAGACAACAAAGGGAAUUAUUACUUUGAGAUGUAUCUUUUGAUAUGAUCUAGUAAUGAAUUCCCCAUCUGAUAUAAAGAUUAAAAUACCCAAAGAAUUGGAUAGUCCUGAUGACUGUUUCAAUGGAAUUGAAAGAAAUGGUCAUUUAGGAUUAUCCGCUCACGGCGAGGUCGAAGCUAAACAUCGAUUGGUUUUGGUUCAAUGGUUAAAUAGUUUUCUUCCUUCGUUGGACUUCUCGACGAAUGUCACGGAUGGUGAGUUAAGAGCGUGUUUAAGCAAUGGUACAGUUUUGUGCCAGAUACUUAACAAACUACGACCCGGUUCCGUGACUAUGGUUAGUGAGUCCGAUCAUUCGCUGCCAUCACAAUCCGAAAACGUUAAAACCUUUCUGAAAGCCUUGGAUGGAUUAGGGUUGCCGCGGUUUGAAAUAUCAGACCUAGAGAAGGGAUCAAUGAAGCCUGUUGUGGAUUGUCUUUUAAUACUCCGAAUCAAAAGCUUGAUGAAUUCUUUGGGAGAUAAUGUUUCUUCGACUAGUUCCACUGCCUCGAGCCCUCGUGGAUAUGCGGCUUCAAGUUUCCAUUAUUCCCCACCAUUUAGUGUGGAUCAGCGGAAGGCUUUGGCUGAUUCAAGGUUUCAUCGUGUUAUGAGUAGCCCUGUUAUGGCGGAACCGUCGGCUUCAUUAAUAUACCAAGUUGGUAAUAAGUUCCAUGAGGUGUUUCAAAUCAAACCUAGAAGUUACGCAGAUCUUCCCGCUGCAAAAAUAUCCGAAAUGAUGAAAUCAAACAGUUUAGAUAAUGCUCCAACUCAGUCGCUGCUAAGUGUAGUCAAUGGUAUUCUUGAAGAAAGCGUCGAAAAAAGAAAUGGAGAAAUACCUCAUCGGGUGGCGUGCUUGUUGAGAAAGGUUUCACAGGAGAUUGAGCGGCGCAUAUCAACUCAAGCGGAACAUUUACGAACUCAAAGUAAUCUUUUUAAGGCCCGGGAAGAAAAGUAUCAGUCGAGAAUAAGAGUGCUCGAGGCAAUUGCAUCUGGAAAUAAAGAAGAGAGUGAGAGAGAACUUUCGUCACAGUUAUUCGCUAGCCAGCUUCAACAGUUGAAGGUUGAGAAGGUCAAAGAGGAAGAAAAGAAAGAAUGUGAAAAAAAAAUUAUUAGGUUGAUGAAAAUGCUAGAGGACAAAAAUUUGGUAAUUUUAGAAUUGACACAAAAACUGGAAGAAACCAAAAACCAAUACGAAACGCAAUGCUCGCAGUUGGAAGAAGAAGCCGGUGAUGCUAAAGAAGAGUUGAGACAGAAAUCUCAUGAAUAUGAGCAUCAAUCAGAAGAGUUGAGGAACGAGGUCAAAGAACUCGAGACUUCUUCGGAUUCGAAAUAUCAGGAGUGGAACAUGAAAAAGAACCAAUUGCAGGCUGUUAUAAAUCUUCAAUUUAGUUCCCUACAGAAAUUGAAAUUGUCUUGGGAAUCGAUUAGGCAAGAUGUUAUGAAAGAGCAAGCGGUUUAUGCAGAAGAGUGUAAUCAAUUCGGUGUAAAUCUCAAACCACUCAUACACGCAUCUCAGAACUAUCAAGUCAUCCUUGCGGAAAAUAAAAAAUUAUUUAAUGAAGUUCAAGAACUAAAAGGAAACAUCAGAGUAUUUUGUCGAAUUAGACCAUUCCAUGUAGGCAAAAAGGAAACACAGACAAUUAUAGAAGACAUAGGUGAAAAUGAUUUGGUUGUGGAAAAUCCCACCAAAGGGAAAGAUGCGCUUCGAUCAUUUAAAUUCAACAAGAUAUUCAGUCCUUCCGCGACUCAAGGGGAUGUAUACUCUGACAUUCAACCUUUUGUAAGAUCGGUACUAGAUGGAUAUAAUGUCUGUAUGUUCGCUUACGGCCAAACUGGUUCAGGGAAAACUUACACAAUGACUGGUCCAAGCGGAGCAACAAACGAAAAUCUUGGUGUUAAUUAUCGAGCACUAAACGAUCUCUUCAGAAUUUCCACAAGUAGGGCAGGCUUCACAGACUAUGAGAUUUGGGUACAAAUGGUUGAGAUAUAUAACGAGCAAGUUCGUGACUUGUUAUCAACAGACGAUUCUCAAAAAAGACUUGGGAUAUUGACUCAAUCUCAAUCCAACGGUAUAGCUGUACCAGAUGCCAGCAUGUUUCCUGUUAAGUCACCUUCAGAUGUCAUUAAGUUGAUGGACAUUGGACUUAAAAAUCGGGCUAUUGGCGCGACCGCGAUGAAUGAAAGAAGUAGCCGUUCUCAUAGUGUGGUCUCAAUUCAUGUUCGCGGGAAGGAUUUCAAGUCAGGUUCUACUCUGUAUGGAAAUCUUCAUUUGGUAGAUUUGGCGGGAAGUGAAAGAGUAGAUCGUUCUGAAGUAACCGGAGAUAGGCUUAGAGAAGCGCAGCAUAUAAACAAAUCACUUUCGGCCCUCGGAGAUGUCAUUUUCGCCCUUUCUCAAAAGAGCUCCCAUGUACCAUACAGAAACAGCAAGCUUACUCAACUUCUGCAAAAUUCUCUCGGUGGUCAUGCAAAGACUCUGAUGUUUGUCCAAAUUAACUCGGACGCGAAUUCAUAUUCUGAAACAAUGAGUACUUUAAAGUUUGCUGAGAGAGUUUCUUCGGUUGAACUAGGAGCUGCACGGAAUAACAAGGACGCGAGAGAAUUAUUGGAACAGGUGACUUCUAUGAAGAGCAUUAUUUCGAAAAAAGACGAGGAGAUCGAGCGUCUCAAGUCGCUAAACGCGCCGGUUGGUGGUAUUUCUAAGCAAAUUCAAAAACAACCAAGUGGAAGUUAUAAGCACCUUGUUGAAGGUGAUAUCCAACAUCGAAUGUUCGAUCAUAUACAGCAAAAUGAACUUCACCAUCCACCUGAAAACACUAGGCGAAAAACUCAAGGAUUUUCAGAGACAGGUUUUAAUGAAAAAUCAAGUGAUAGCUCUGACCAUAAUAGUCAUGCUUUGGGCAACGAAACCGAUGGUUCUUCUGAUAACAACUCCAUUAUCAGCCGCGAUAGCAAAAAAACUUCAGAUAAGAUGAAGAAGUCUAAAGUAUUAACCAAAACCGUCAAUGCGGUAAGGAAAUUAGGCCGAAUUCCCUCUAGCACGGGUAUAGAAAAGGACACCUUGAAGAAAGGACCAGGUCUCACGAAAAGCCCGAGUAUUAGCCACAUUAAAGCUACAAAAAGGUGGCAGUAAAAUCGGAGGCAGUAGCUACAAUUAAGUUGCAGAGUUUUCACAAUUCGAAAUGUGCCAUGUAAAUACGAAUUCAGAUUCCACGCAUUUGUAAAUGCGUAGCGGAGUUAUUGAUCCUGACUAUUCGAUUUCAAACUAAUGAUGAAGAUUAUCUGAAGGUGUUUGGAGUAAGGCCUAAUAUGAGCUGACUGAUGAAACUCGUGUUGAUGGGCGGAAUCAAUUGCAGUGAGUUCGGAUUCAUGUAAAUAUAAUUGUAUAAUUAAUUCAUUGGUACGUUGGAACUUGUAACACUUGAAUUGUUAGUUACAUUUUUGUGGAUAACAUUGUAACAGAUUUGGUGUUCAUAGUCAUAUGAAAAGAAAAACAGGUUUUGUAACAGAAGUUCCAUAAACUGAUAUAGUCACAGUAGUGAUGAACUGUGUAUGCUUGGGCUGAAAAAUAGUAAUAAUUACGCGCUUAGUUUUAUGAUA